CAAGCAGCACAGGAGGUGGAGCCUGAUUGCUGUUGCUAGGCGACUGUUUGUUUGCUGCGGAACUCCUAACCUCUACUUUUGUAGCAGUACUUGAUGAAAGUACUUCAGUAUUUUUUUCUGGUGAAAGUAGAGUUAGUUUGAUGGACCUUGAAAUGGAGAGUGUACCUCAGCUCGAACUGGAAGCUGUUAUUGGCUUUAACGGACAUGUUUUUUCUGGCCUGAGAGUCCAUCCGGACAACGAGCACCUGAUCUAUCCUCUUGGAUGCACAAUCAUUCUGAAGAGAAUUAAAGAUGGCAAACAGGAGUUCUUACAUGGUCACACAAACAACGUGUCCUGCAUUUCAGUGUCCAAAAGUGGACUGUAUAUUGCCUCUGGACAGGUCAACUUCAUGGGCUUUAAGGCUACAGUAAUUAUCUGGGACUAUGCAAAGCGAACAAUCUAUACAGAGCUGGUGCUCCACAAGGCAAAGGUAGAGGCACUGGCCUUCUCACCUAGUGACAAGUACCUGGUCUCCCUUGGGGGUCAAGAUGAUGGCAGUAUAGUUGUGUGGAAUAUUGAGACUAAGCAGGCCAUCUGUGGGAGCCCAGCGUCAGCUCAGAGUGCUGGUCCCUCUCUCACUUUGCAAUACUCAAACACGAAUGACAACAUCUUUGUUUCAGCAGGGAGCGGAACAUUGCGAGUUUGGGAACUGGACCUCCCCAACAGAAAGAUCAGGCCCACAGAGUGUAAGACAGGCAAGCUCAAGAGGACUGUGAAAUGCUUGGAGAUUUCAGAGGAUGAUCAGUUCAUUUACGGUGGCACCACGAGUGGCGACAUAAUGAAAGUCAACCUCAACACAGGGCUUUUGAAUGACUGUGGUCCAGUUAAAAGAAAAUACAGCAUGGGUGUCAGUGUCAUAAAAAUACUGAAGUCUGGGGAUCUACUUGUAGGCUCUGGCUCUGGCACCGUCACUUUGUGUUCUGGGACUAACUUCAAAACUCUUAAGAAAGUCCAUCUGGAAAAGGGGGUGACCUCCAUUGCUAUAAUAGGAGAUGAACAGCAGUUUUUUGUUGGCACAGAGGCUGCUCAGAUAUACUGCUUCAGUCAUGAGAACUUCAAAGCUGAACUCAUAUCCACAAGCCCUAAUAGUGCUGUCAAGGACGUAGCCAUCCUAUUUGGAACAUCUGAAUUAUUUGCAACCUGCUCAGAUGAAGAUAUCAGAGUGUGGUACAUAGGCAGGCCUAAAGAGCUGGUGCGCAUCACUAUACCCAACAUGAUCUGCAAUUCCCUGGACUUCAUGUUUGACGGACAUAGCAUCAUCAGUGCUUGGAAUGACGGUAAGAUUCGUGUGUUUGGACCGGAAAGUGGCAAGCUCAUGCUCAUUAUUAACAAUGCACACAGAAUGGGUGUGACAGCCAUUGCUGGCACCAGGGACUGCAAAAGGAUUGUCAGUGGAGGGGGAGAAGGACAGGUGUGUGUUUGGGACCUGAAACCACAUGGCUAUCGGUUGCUGGAGGCCAUGAAACGGCAUAAAGCCACUGUCACUUGUCUCAAAAUCAAGAGUGAUGACACAGAGUGUGUCUCUGCCAGCUCUGACGGUACCUGCAUCAUCUGGGACAUACAGCGAUUCGUAAUCCGUCAAAUGAUGAUCGCCAACACACUGUUCCGGACUGUGUGCUACCAUCCAGAGGAAUUUCAGAUAAUCACCAGCGGCACUGACAGAAAGGUUGCCUACUGGGACGUGCUUGAGAGUAGAUGUGCCCUCAGAGAACUUGAGGCCUCUCAGUCCGGGGCCAUCAAUGGCAUGCAUAUCUCACAGGAUGGCAAACACUUUGUGACAGGUGGAGAUGAUAAGCUGGUGAAGGUGUGGGACUACAUGGCAGGUACAGUAACCCACGUAGGGCUGGCUCAUGGUGGCAGUAUUACCAGUGUCAAGAUCUGCUCCAACAACCGCACCUUAGUCAGCACCAGUGCAGAUGGAGCCAUUCUCUGCUGGAAGUUUCCUCACCCUUCUUCCCCUUAAUCGGCCGUUGAGUCCUGGACAUUAGAUGAAACAUAAUUUUUGAGCCAUCCAUACAUUCUUCUGUAAUUUUUCCAUAGACUUAGCAAAUGUUACUGUAAAAUUGGCCGAAAUAAAUACA